AAGGUAAAAGGAAGGUAGAGAGAAAGGGUUGAUGUUGCGAUGGUGGUGGCUCUGCGCCACUGUUGGCAGUACCGGCUAGUCUAGGAAGAAGUCGUCGGAGUUGGGUGCCUGAUCGGAGCUGGGUGGUUGGCCGGAGACAGGGAAGGAGUUCUGCAAACCAGUGGCCGGAGACUGCCGGAGUUUGGGAAGUAGCAGUUUACAAUUUCCAUUGAUUUCGUUUGCCAGUUCUCAAGAGUGAAGAACAUCGUAAAUUAGAUGGCAUGCUAAAUCAAUACCAGCAAAUCAAUGACAGUGGGGGGCGUUAGUAUCUGCUAGAGGAGAUUUCAAGUUAGGCUUCUUCAGUACAAGCAAUUUGAGGAGCCGAUACUUGGGGAUAUGGUAUAACAAUAUCCCAGUUCAAACCAUUAUUUGGGUGGCGAACAGACACAGACCGCUUAAUGAUUCAUCGGGUGGUCUAAAGAUUGGGGAUGAUGGAAAUUUGAUCCUUCUUGACAGUGGAGGAAUAGUUGCUUGGUCUACUGGUAUCCAGAAUAUAUCAUCAAAACCCACUGUUGCACUGCUCUUAGACUCUGGAAUCUUGUUUUGAGAAGUGAAAAUGGUGGGAACACAGAAAGUUAUAUUUGGCAAAGCUUUGAUCAUCCUUCAGAUACACUGAUAGCUGGUAUGAAGCUGGGAUGGGACUUGAGGGUCGGUUUGGACCGGUAUUUGACAUCGUGGAAGAGCGCAGAUGACCCUUCUCCCGGAGAUAUCUCUUAUCGGUUUGAUCUUGAUGGUCUUCCACAAGGUGUUAUACGUAAGGGGUCAGUUAAACAGUACCGAACUGGGAUAUGGAACGGGCUACAGUUUAAUGGUGUCGAGCCUCAAAACUCUAUCUUCAAUUCUAAUUUCAUCGAUAAUUCAGAGGAGGUGUAUUUCGAGUUUGAUCUAUAUCAACAGAUAGUAAGGCUCGUUUUGAAUUACACCGGGACAAUGCAAUGUGUGAUAUAGAACAAUAGGAACCUUGAGUGGUUUGUCAUUAAUACAGUACCUAGUAAUCCAUGCGAAAGACAUGGCCAGUGCGGUCCUAAUUCUAUUUGCACAAUCUCUAAUGCAUUCAUAUGUAGUUGUUUGGAUGGAUACAUUCCUAAAUCAUCGCAAGAUUGGAAUACGAUGGUUUGGAAUGGUGGGUGCGUUCGCAAAUUCCCGUCAAACUGCUCGGAUGGACAAGGAUUUUUGGCAUUCAAAGGCAUGAUCGUCCCUGAUUUGUUAGAGUUUUCGCUGAACACCAGUAUGACACUUAGAAUGUGAAUUGGAGUGUUUAAAGACUUGUUCUUGAACUGUUUAUGCUAACUCCGAUACUACUGGAGGGGCAAGUGGAUGCUUGCUUUGGUAUGGGGAUCUGAUUGAUUUUAAAAGAUUCGCAAAUCCUGGUGAUCAAACUUUGUAUAUUCGGGUUACAGCUGCAGACCUCGGUGCACUCCUUGUUAUUUGUGUUCAAUAAUUCAUUAGGCUACAUAAAUUUGGCCAAACACGUAAACUACAUGAUUCUUCUUUUAAAUUUUUAUUUAUAUAAUUUUCACUGGAUGGUGUCUGCAGAGUCUAGAUCAGAUUCCAAGGAGAAGAAGAAGAAGCUGCUUUUGGUGAUUAUCCCCGUCUCAGUGGCUUUAUUGUCCUUCCUCCUUGCUUCUUGUGUCAUGUGGAAAAGGAUAAAACAAACAAGAGGUUCACGGCCAAACAUUCCAUUCAAAGAUGAUGAAAACAUAGACAUACCCAUAUUCAAUAUAGUCACAAUUACAAAUGCUACAAACAAUUUUUCUGAGAAGGGUCAACUAUCAACGGGACAAGAGAUAGCAGUAAAGAGGCUCUCGGAGAAUUCUAAACAAGGGCUCGGUGAAUUUAAAAAUGAGGUUAUCUUGAUUGCCAAGCUUCAACACCAAAAUUUUGUUAGGCUUUUGGGAUGUUGCAUUCAAGGAGAAGAGAGGAUGUUGAUCUACGAGUAUUUGCCCAACGGCAACUUGAGCUCCUUUAUUUUUGAUACCACAAAAAGCAACUCUCUUGAAUGGAGGAAACACUUUGAUAUUAUUGUGGGGAUUGCUCGAGGGGUUCUCUACCUUCAUUGGGAUUCAAGAUUGAGAAUUAUUCACAGGGAUCUCAAAGCUAGCAAUGUGCUGCUAGACAAUGAGAUGAAUCCCAAAAUUUCAGACUUUGGCAUUGCUAGAGCUUUUGGAGCAGGUCAAAUAUCCGAGAAAACGAAAACGGUGAUUGGAACUUAUGGUUAUAUGUCCCCAGAGUAUGUAUUAUGUGGGCUAUUUUCAAUGAAAUCAAAUGUUUUUAGUUUCGGAGUACUUGCUUUAGAAAUAGUGAGUGGACAGAGGAAUAGAAAGUUCGGACAUCCUAACCAUACUCACAACCUUCUUGGACAUGCAUGGAAACUAUGGAUUGAAGGGAAUGCCAUCAAGCUAGUUGAUGAGAAGUUGGAAACUUCAACAAUUCUGAUGUCAGAAGUAAUAAAAUGUAUACAAAUUGGUCUGUUGUGUGUGCAACAAUGCCCUAAAGACAGGCCAACAAUGUCAUAUGUGGUGUCGAUAUUGGAUAAUGAGGGUGCAAUGCUGCCCCGUCCUAAACAACCCGGAUUCUAUAUAGAGGGGAGCACUGAUGAGACAGAACUUGCAUCGACUACAAGAGUAAAAUGUUCCACAAAUAAGACGACUCUAACAAUUCUACUGGGUCGAUAA